UCACCUUUCUUUAUCUUACACCGCAUAUCCAGCCCACAGAGUGAUAAAUCCGUCCGAUUCUGAUCCCAUACCUCGAACCAUUGUUCAGCGCUUCGCUCCUUGUUCGUCUUCGGUCACUGACUCGCGAUACCCCCACGACGUCGCCACCAACCACCAAGGUUCCCCAUAACCACGAAGCGAUAGAAAGAACGAAAUCCAACGAUUGACCUCGCGCUGCAUAACGGUCGGCCGAUACAGACCUGGAACGGUCGUUGAGCCAAGCCGACAGCAAGGAAAAUGUCUACCGAGGAUAAUCACGAUUCGCAAAUUUUGACGGCAAGACAUCGCUCGGACGCCAGCGAGCAGUCGUUCAAAUCCCUGUUCGGCGGCCCAUCGAGUGAAGACGGAAAAGAGACGGAGCCCGAUACCCACGAUCAUAACCAUAGCUUCAGCAACGCAAAGGCGCCCGCAAAGUUUGCAAACCAGAAUGUCGCACCCUUCCUCGCCAGACACAUCCCUGAACAAUAUGCACCCUUAGGUGCUCAGUCGAUUCUACCAGCAGAUCUCAGCAGCGCAAACUCCAAAUACUGUUAUCGCCAUCGCCCAGAUCAGAAAUGUAGACGGCAAGCCGACGAGCCAUCUAUGGAUAAGCUACAGCGGGAACUGGAAUCGCUUCCUCAAGGUGAUCAGCAGAGCAUAUCACAUGUCUGGUCCUUGUUCUCUGCUGCGCCUGCCAAACAUCGGAAACUCAUUCUGCAGGGAAUCAUGGCUCAAUGCUGUUUCCCGCAACUCUCUUACAUCUCCGCCACCGUCCGUGACCUCAUCCGAAUCGAUUUCAUCACCGCGCUCCCUCCCGAGAUUGCUUUCAAAAUCCUUUGCUAUCUGGAUACAACCUCUCUGUGCAAGGCUUCCCAGGUCUCGCGCGGAUGGCGUGCGCUAGCCGAUGAUGAUGUAGUUUGGCACAGAAUGUGUGAACAACAUAUUCAUCGCAAGUGCAAAAAGUGUGGUUGGGGCUUACCGCUUCUGGAUCGCAAACGAUUGCGUGAGUCGAAGCGUGAGAUUGAACUUCGUGCUACAACGUGGGACAAGGGAGUGGUGGGCCCACGAUCCCCUGAUGCUUCGGCAGAGUCACCUCCUUCGGGCAAACGAAAGCUUGAGGAUGACGAGGUUGCUGUUGUUAAGCGGCACUGUUCAUCGCUCGGGUCAGACGCAGGAGUCGACAAAGAUAGUGAUUUCUUCAAGACCCGCUACCGGCCAUGGAAGGAAGUGUACAAAGAUCGCUUCAAGGUCGGCACGAACUGGAAAUACGGGCGAUGCUCGAUCAAAACAUUUAAGGGACAUACUAAUGGAGUCAUGUGUCUGCAAUUCGAGGAUAACAUUCUUGCCACUGGCUCCUACGACACUACAAUCAAAAUCUGGGACACUGAAACCGGGGAGGAGCUGCGCACACUCCGUGGACACGAGUCUGGCAUCCGUUGCUUACAGUUUGACGACACCAAGUUGAUCAGCGGCAGCAUGGACCGCACUAUCAAGGUCUGGAACUGGCGCACUGGGGAGUGCAUUUCCACAUAUACUGGUCACCGCGGGGGAGUCAUUGGGCUUCACUUUGAUGCUUCGAUUCUCGCCUCUGGCUCGGUUGACAAGACGGUCAAGAUCUGGAACUUCGAGGAUAAGUCGACUUUCUCCCUGCGUGGACACACAGAUUGGGUCAAUGCAGUCAGAGUCGACACUUCCUCUCGAACUGUCUUCUCAGCAUCUGAUGACUGUACUGUUCGCCUUUGGGACUUGGACACGAAAACCUGCAUUCGGACUUUCCAUGGACACGUGGGUCAAGUGCAGCAGGUUGUUCCUCUGCCCCGCGAAUUUGAGUUCGAAGAACAUGAUGCCGAGUGCGAGAACGACGAUCUCAGUACCACCUCCGGCGACGCCGACCCGCCGUCAAUCCAGGCUUCGAUGGGUUUGGAACCCAACGCAGCGUACAGCCAAUCCUCGGCCUUUGGGACUUCGUUCGAUAACGGCCGUGCCGCGCCGCCACGAUACAUGGUUACAAGUGCGCUGGAUUCUACGAUCCGCCUCUGGGAAACCACCACCGGCCGCUGCUUGCGUACGUUCUUCGGCCACUUGGAGGGAGUAUGGGCGCUGGGAGCCGACACUCUCCGCAUCGUCUCUGGCGCUGAAGACCGUAUGAUCAAGAUCUGGGACCCCAGAACUGGUAAAUGCGAGCGUACUUUCACCGGCCACUCUGGCCCUGUCACUUGCAUUGGCCUUGGUGACAGUCGAUUCGCUACUGGCAGCGAGGACUGCGAAGUACGGAUGUACAGCUUUCAGAGUUAAUUUCUUCUUCCUUUCUUGGCAUGAUCUUAUUAUUUUUAAUGACUUGUAUUUUAUGGACGGAUACCCUUGAGCUGGCGUUUUGAUUUUGCUGGGUUUAGUUCCGUUAGCAUGCAAUUCCGGCGUUGGAUGGACUAUCAGGCUCGAAGCUAUUCCUCAACGCAUAGCAAGGACACUGUUUUUUGUU